AGCCUUGCCACUCUGCUAGUGAAACUUUCCAGCGAGAAUUACCAGGAAGCUCAGUAUCUGCCAGGAGAACAUGUUGGUGUAUUUCCUGGCAACCAGCCAGACCUAGUUACCAGCAUAAUUAAACUUCUAAAGGAUGUUCCCCCCAACAAUCAGGACAUCCGACUGGAGACACGCAGCCCACAGGGUAACUUCUGGACAGUCAGUGAGAAAAUCCCUCCUUGCUCUCUGUUCCAAGCGUUGACUUUUUUUGUAGACAUAACUACUCCACCCUCCCAGCUACUUCUGAAAAAGCUGUCACUGCUGGCUGCUGAUGCAAAGGAUAAACAGAGACUGGAAGACUUGAGCAAUAUUGAAAAAUAUAAAUCAUGGAAGUCCUAUAGUUAUCCAUCAAUACUUGAGGUUCUGGAAGAGUUUCCAUCUCUGGAGGUGCCUGCUACAUUUAUUUUAACUCAGCUCCCACCACUGAAGGCACGGUACUACUCUAUAAGUUCGUCAAAGGAUAUGAUACCAGGGGAGAUCCAUCUGACAGUGGCUGUGGUAAACUACAAAACGAAAGGAGGUCACGGUUCUCUUCACCAUGGAGUGUGUAGUACAUGGUUUAAUACCAUCGGUCUCAAUGAACUAGUUCCUUGUUUUAUAAGAAGCACAAACACAUUCCAUCUUCCAGAGAGCCCUUCAACUCCGUGCAUUUUGAUUGGUCCAGGUACAGGAAUUUCACCAUUCAGAGCAUUCUGGCAACAAAGAUUACAUGAUCUGGAAAAAAGAGGUAUGACUCAUGAAUUUUGA